CGACUCGAUGCCGCUGAACAAAAAGGAGCGGGAGAUGGCCGGGGAAGACCAGGAUUUCGACGUGUAUGGGGAAGAAGGCGCCGACAUACAAUACCGUACAAUGCAUUGGUGGAAAGCUGCUGCGCUCAUGCUUGCGGAGACGGUGUCUCUCGGUAUCCUGUCUGUACCUUCCGUAUUUGCAACACUCGGAAUGGCCGCGGGCAUCGUCCUCGUCAUUGGCCUCGGAGCGUUCGCGACAGCAACGGGAUACGUUAUAGGGCAGUUCAAACUGCGUUAUCCACACGUACAUAACAUGGCCGACGCGGGUAUGGUCAUGUACGGGCCUAUAGGCCGGGAAGUGUUAGGCACCGCCCAAAUCGUGUUCAUGGUGUUCGUCUGCGGCAGCCAUGUCCUCACCGGUCAGAUUGCCUUCGACACUAUAACCUCCGGCGCAUCCUGUUCAGUGCUUUGGGCCGCCGUCAUGGCGAUCAUAUGCUUCGCGUUGACAAUCCCGCGAACGUUGAACGGCAUAUCCUACCUCAGCGUCGUGUCGUUCAUCUCCAUCAUGGCCGCCAUCCUCAUCACCAUGAUCGGAGUCGGCGUGGUAGGCAAAACCGGAGGCGUCGUCAGUCACGUCAGCGGCCUCAAAUUCGCUCCUGCUUUCUUGGCCGUGACGGAUAUCAUCUUUGCAUAUGCCGGCCACGUCGCCUUCUUCACCUUCAUCUCCGAGAUGAAACGUCCGCAAGACUUCCCUAAGGCACUCUUCGCCCUUCAGAUCGCGGACACGACGCUCUACCUCAUCGUCGGCAUUGUGGUCUAUGCGUUCGCAGGCUCUAGCACCGUUUCACCCGCGCUGGGCAACACUGGCACGACGCUGCGCAGGAUCUCAUACGGGAUCGCGAUCCCGACGAUCGUCAUCGCGGGCGUGAUCAACGGGCAUGUAUGCGCCAAGCUGGCGUUCGUGCGGAUAUUCCGCAAGGCGGGCGGGGUCAAGUCGAGGCACAUGUCGUCGCACACAGUAACCGGAUGGUCGUCCUGGAUUGGCCUCUGUCUGGUCAUUUGGACGGCGGCGUUUAUCAUCGCCGAGGUGAUACCUUUCUUCAAUGAUCUGCUGAGCGUGAUCAGCUCGAUGUUCGCAGCGUGGUUCACCUAUGGCAUAUCCGGCAUCUUCUGGUACCAUAUGCACCCGCGAGGGCAGAGAUGGACCACGACGCGGCAGAAGAUGAAAGCGAUCUGGUGGGGUUUCAUUAUCCUGAUGGGUGCCUUCAUCAUGGUCGCUGGGCUGUAUGCAAGUAUACGAGCCAUCGUAAUCGGCUACCAGGAUGGCACGUUCCCCAGUCCCUUCAGCUGCGCUAGCCAGGCACUGCAAUAAAACCGUCGACUCUCACCAGCGCGCCCAUAUUUCCCCAGGAAUCCAGAACCAACGCCGGUAUAACAUCAUCGCUUG